AUGUCUUUCAUCUCGUCUAUCUUCUACCGCGCCGCCGUCAGUGAAGAAUCCCGACGAGCUCCAAUAGGCAAGGUCAACCGCACACGCCGAUCAGCAGGUCGUUCAGCCAGGUCCACGUUGGCUCACUCAAAGGAUGGCGGCGACACGGAUCAAGAGAUCGACUUGUUCGAUUCCACCGACGCAGCCCCCACCGAUGCCGACUCUUUCCAAGCAAAAGUCCAAGUAAUCGAAGACAUAAUUGCAGAAGACAACCUUUACAAGGUGCUCGGUAUCAAGAGAAAUGCAAAGAACGAAGAAAUCCGCCGUGCUUUUCUCACAAGAAGUCGAUCCUGUCAUCCUGACAAGUUUCCAGACUAUGCCAACUCCACCAUCGCCUUUCAGAAACUCGCCUUUGCCUACGAGACGCUUUCCAAGCCUGCUUCCCGCCAAGCAUACGACUUCUCGCCGCACACACAUUCCAUGUUCAAUGGCAAAUCUCCACACGACGCCUUUGAUGACGAGUUUGGCGAGGCUUUCGCAGACGCUACCCUCCAGGACGUCCUCUUCACCGUCUACGUCGAGUUUUUCGAGGGUGACUUUACCUCCGUCAAGGCUCUGCUCAAGGUGCUUGCCGACAGCGGCCUAGGCACCUACAACGACGCCAACAUCAGCAGCAUCGAAGCCAAAUUCCGCGCUCUUUCGCGCCUCAUGCGAGCCACACGCAGAUACUCGCGCGUCUUGCUCAACGAAAUGUCCCGCCUCUACGAGAUUCAGCAGGACCUUCGAGGUCUCUCGUACUUUGACAUUCCCGGUCGCCUUCGACUCACUCUGCAACUUGCACGCGUCACGCUCAGCAUCCCUCUGGCCAUCGAUCAGGCCAUGCAAAAUCCCGAAGACUACGACCGCAAAGAGUUUGGUCAGUGGUUCGAGGAUAUGCGCGCGCAGUCGUCCGACUGUAGCUCGAGCGAAGACGACGAGAGUCGGCAGGACCGUAACUUUGGCCUGCGGAACGAGGCCGACACUGACGCUCUAGGCUCCGACGAGCAUGCACGCCUGCGCUACGUGCGAGCUCGGGAUGCGCGCAUUGCGCGGCGAGCUGCCGAGCGACGCGAUCCUGGUUCCCACAGUGGCCCCGCCGGUGAGCAGGAGGCGGCAGCCUUGCCUGAUCAAGAGACAGAAGAGCUCAAGGCGGGAUUCCUGGGGCCAACCACGACUGCUCUCUUCACGGGCAUGGUGAAUCUGCUCGAAGCAGGCGAAGGAUGGAUGGGCGGCAAGCCCACAGAAACGCUUGCGCACUGA